UCUCUCUCUCUCUCUCUCUCUCUCUCUCUCUCUCUCUCGCUCAUGGCAGCUUCGGUGUCUCUAAUGGCAGCGCAUGCUGGUGCCCGGCGCUUCUUCGGUAGCCCAAGCUCAAACUUCGAUGCGAGAAAGAAGUUCCGAGUUAGCGUGGAUAAAGAUGGAAAGGCGAUGAUAAGGAAGGAGAAAAAUGAGUGGAAGGUGGAUUACUCCGGGGAGAAGCCGGCGACGCCGCUUCUUGACACGAUUAACUAUCCAAUUCACAUGAAGAAUCUCUCUGUUCAGGAGUUGGAGCAACUGGCCGCAGAGCUGAGAGCAGACGUAGUGUACACAGUUUCAAACACCGGAGGGCACCUGAGUUCCAGUCUCGGCGUGGUGGAGCUCUCUGUUGCCCUGCACCAUGUGUUUAACACCCCUGAAGACCGGAUCAUCUGGGAUGUAGGGCAUCAGGCAUAUCCUCAUAAGAUCCUGACAGGAAGAAGGUCCAGGAUGAAUACCAUCAGACAGACCUCUGGACUUGCAGGGUUUCCAAAGAGGGAUGAAAGUGUUUAUGAUGCUUUUGGGGUUGGCCAUAGCUCCACCAGCAUCUCUGCUGGGCUUGGGAUGGCAGUGGCAAGGGAUUUGUUAGGAAAGAAGAACCUUGUGGUUUCUGUGAUUGGGGAUGGUGCCAUGACUGCAGGCCAGGCAUAUGAAGCCAUGAACAACUCUGGUUACUUGGAUUCUAACCUUAUUGUUGUCCUGAAUGACAAUAAACAAGUAUCUUUGCCGACCGCCACACUCGACGGCCCUGCUACUCCUGUUGGCGCACUCAGCGGAGCCCUCACCAAGCUGCAGGCCAGCACUAAAUUUCGCAAACUCCGGGAAGCUGCCAAGAGCAUUACAAAGCAAAUUGGAGGCCCUACAUAUGAAGUUGCAGCUAAGGUAGAUGAAUAUGCUAGGGGCAUGAUAAGUGCUUCAGGUUCUACACUGUUUGAGGAGCUUGGUUUGUAUUACAUUGGCCCUGUAGAUGGGCACAAUGUAGAAGACUUGGUAACCAUAUUCCAAAAGGUGAAGGCAAUGCCUGCUCCAGGACCUGUCCUCAUCCACAUCGUCACUGAGAAAGGGAAGGGAUACCCCCCUGCCGAGGCUGCAGCGGACAAGAUGCAUGGUGUUGUCAAGUUCGACCCAAAAACCGGGAAGCAGUUCAAGUCCAAGCCAUCUGCUCUUGCAUAUACUCAGUACUUUGCAGAAGCACUUAUCCAAGAAGCAGAAGUUGAUGACAAGAUUGUCGCGAUCCAUGCAGCCAUGGGUGGCGGUACAGGGCUCAACUAUUUCCAGAAGAGGUUCCCACAGAGAUGUUUUGACGUGGGAAUUGCUGAGCAGCAUGCAGUGACAUUUGCUGCAGGUCUGGCCACAGAGGGCCUCAAGCCGUUCUGUGCCAUCUACUCAUCUUUCCUUCAACGAGGAUAUGAUCAGGUGGUGCAUGAUGUGGACCUACAGAAGAUUCCAGUGAGAUUUGCAAUGGAUCGAGCGGGGCUUGUUGGAGCUGAUGGGCCAACACACUGUGGAGCAUUUGACAUCAUGUACAUGGCCUGCCUGCCCAACAUGGUGGUGAUGGCGCCUGCCGAUGAAGCUGAGCUUAUGCACAUGGUUGCAACAGCAGCUGCCAUCGAUGAUAGACCGAGCUGCUUCAGAUUCCCUAGGGGUUGUGGCAUUGGUGUGCCCCUCCCUAUUAACAACAAAGGCACCCCUCUUGAGAUUGGAAAGGGAAGGAUUUUAAUGGGAGGCAACAGAGUUGCCCUUCUUGGAUAUGGCUCCAUGGUUCAGACAUGUGUAAAAGCUGCAGAUUCACUUAGCAACUAUGGCAUUACUCCCACAGUCGCUGAUGCCCGUUUCUGCAAGCCCCUUGAUGCAGAGCUAAUUAGAACUCUAGCAAAUGAGCAUGAGAUCUUGAUCACUGUUGAAGAAGGUUCCAUUGGAGGCUUUGGGUCUCAUGUGUCUCAAUUUCUGAGUUUGAACGGUCUCCUAGAUGGGCACCUCAAGUUGCGAUCAAUGGUGCUUCCGGAUAGGUACAUCGAUCAUGGAUCCCCUAAGGACCAGAUUGAAGAAGCCGGGCUCUCCUCAAAGCACAUUGCAGCAACAGUGCUAUCUCUCUUAGCCAGACCAAAGGAAGCUUUGCACCUUCUGUGAUGAUUUUGAAGUAUAGUUAUUAACAUACAAAAGAACUGCAGUAACAUCAUUUCACAAUCCAUUCAUCUUCAUUAGGAUGAAUUUGUUGUAAAUCCAUAUCCAUCCUUGUCGGUAUAAUAGCAGAUCUACAACUGGUUGAUGAAGGAUGUUAUGGAGGAUAAAAAAACAGUCAAAGGAUCUUGGAGCUCUUGUUUAUUAGCACUGUUGUAUAUUCACAUUUGUCAUGUUGUAACUGUUUAAGUUGAAAUAUAUCAUACAGAAGUUAUUUCAAAUUGUCAGAAUCUCUCAGCCUGAUGAUGCUAUUUCUUUGCUUUUUGUCUAUUUGUUGUAAUUGUAAGAAAUUGACGGUGAUGUCUUCAUAUCAAUAAGAAAUUGCUG